UUAAUUCAGACUAUGAGCACAAUUACGUCAAAUGCCAAGCCAUACACACAUACCGUGUUUGCUACGGCCCGUCACGCGGAUCUGUACGCUAAGUUCAGACCGAUACUGCCAGGUGUGGUCAUGGACUAUGUGUUGGCAAACCUGCGCCUACACUACGAGCCCCACGAGUGGGACAUUGCAAUAGAUGUUGGCUGUGGUGGCGGUCAGAGUACACAAGUGUUGGCCAAAUAUUUUAAACAAGUUUAUGGGUUUGAUGUAAGCGCCGCACAGAUUAGGGAAGCCCUCGACUCAUAUCAUGCACACAAUGUUCACUUUGAUGUUUCGAUAGCCGAGAGUAUUCCGCGCAUUGAAUCCAAUUCCUGCCAAUUGAUAAUUGCCUGUCUGUCCGCCCAAUGGUUUGAUUUGCCAAAGUUUUUCGCCGAAACCCGCCGAGUGUUGGCUCCGAACGGUAUUGUAGCCCUCAUCGGUUACACAAUGUUCGAGCCCAUAGACCCGGACCGGCCCAACGAUCAAACACUAACCGAAUUAAUGCUGGGAUUGCGUACCGAUCCCGUGAUAGCUCCGUAUAAGUUGCCGAACGCCGAUGCGGUUGACAAACGUUACCGAAAUAUCAGUUUUCCGGAUUAUUUUGAAUACAUAUAUAAAGAUAAUAUCUUAAGUCAAAUAGUGAUCUGCGCUCAAGACAUCAUCGGUUUCAUUGAAACCUGGUCUCCAUAUCAACAGAUGUUCAAAAAGAGUCAAUCGGAGGCCAACUAUUUCCUCAAAAAUUUUGAACAAAAACUAAAAUCCAUUCUCACUGUCGAUGACUUAUCUGAGAAACGGUUGUUAUGUAAUUACAGAUAUUAUGUGGCAAUGGGGCGCAAAAAGCCUACCACUUAAUUAUCAUUCAAGUCUAUACCGUCACCUCCUAUGAUAUUA